AUGUCACAGCCUGAAGGGUUUGUCGAUCCAGCAUACCCGAACCAUGUAUGCCACCUCAAGUGUGCCCUCUAUGGCCGUAAACAGGCACCAAGAGCAUGGUCUCAUAGAUUGGGGAAUUUCCUAAUAACCCUUGGAUUCAAGUCAUGCCAAUCGGACACGGCUCUAUUUGUCCGCACCUGGAAUCAGCAAUUGGUCUACGUCUUAGUCUAUGUAGAUGACAUAAUCAUCACCGGAUCCAGCCCAUCAAUGGUCCAAGACCUAAUCUCAAAGCUGGGUGACGAAUUUGCGAUCAAGGAUGGGGACCUAAAUUUUUUUCUUGGUAUUGAGGUUGUAAAAACACCAAGUGGUCUCCACUUGUCUCAAGCCAAGUACACUUUAGACAUCCUUCGCAAAACCAAUAUGGUUGCCGCCAAGCCCAUGCCCACACCAAGUUCGACAGAAACACUGCCUAAAGACAUUGGACCUGCAUUUGAAGAUGUUACCCAAUACCGAAGUGUAGUGGGAGCACUACAAUACCUGACACUCACAAGACCUGAUAUUGCCUUUUUGGUCAACAGAGUGUGUCAAUUUAUGCACAAUCCAACAGAAGAACAUUGGGCGGCCGUAAAGCGUAUACUACGCUACCUCAAAGACACAAUUGCAUUCGGACUUCAAUUUCAAAAAUCAAAGUCCAUUCAAUUGAGUACCUUUACAGAUGCUGACUGGGCAGGAUGUCCUCAAGAUCGGCGUUCCACCAGUGGCUACUGCAUCUACCUUGGCUCAAAUUUGAUCUCUUGGAGUUUUAAGAAACAGCACAUAGUAGCAAGAUCAUCCACAGAAUCAGAAUACAAAGGCUUGGCCAAUACAGCUGCAGAGCUAAUAUGGAUUCAACAAUUGCUUCAGGAUCUCAGCAUCACCACCUUAGCACCAAUGCUCUACUGUGACAACAUCGGUGCCACUUACCUUGUGGCUAAUCCAUUAUUCCAUGUGUACACAAAACAUAUCGAAAUUGAUUAUCACUUUGUGCGCGAACAGGUAGCUGCCAAUCGGCUGUGCAUUCGGUUUGUACCAAGCUCUGAUCAGGUCGCCGACAUUUUUACAAAGGGACUUUCCGGUUUACGGUUUCGUGCUCGAAGAGACAAGCUCACCGUUAGCAACCGACCGCUUCGCUUGAGGGGGAGUGUAACGGCUAAUCCCUCCAAUUUGAAUUUCCAAUCCCAACUCAACGUUAUCACAUGUGGACCAAGUCCAACGCAAUCCCAUAAGAAGCUGAGAGACGUUCCUACUUCUUCUCCCUUGAAGAGAGGUUGA